AUGAAUCCACUAGAAAAUCUUAUGAACAACCGCACGAGUAUGUCGUAUGAAAGAAUGACUAGUUUGAACGAUAGUAAUCUACCUGAUCAUAUUCUGGCCGAUUAUCUAUUCCCUGGUGUGAGUACUCCUUCUACAGUUGACACAAUCCCUAUUCAACGACAGCGAUCACAUUCACUAACGCCAACGUAUAACACUCACAUAUCAAACUCAAGUAUAACGUUUACUUCGUUACCGAACAUACUUCAAUCUAAUUACGUUGCAUGCGAAACGGUCAUACCUUUAUGGAUUGUUCCUUCUCGAACAUUAUCAAUCACUAGUUUCCAUCAAACCGACGACGAUGAAGAUGAUAUACCAUUCGGUAUUGAUGAAGUGUACAAUGAAGUCGUUCGUCAACGUGUCUACAGGAUAUUCGGUGAAGAUUUCACGGUGGGACCAGACUAUUAUGAAUUAGAAUUCAUUGGACGUGGAUCAUAUGGUAUUGUUACUCGAGCUAAACAUGAUCAUCUUGGUGAUGUAGCGAUAAAAAAGAUUAAAUUAAAUUAUAAAAUUUCAACUAUAGAAGAAAAGUAUGAGCAUUAUAAAAGAAUUUAUCGAGAAACGAUUAUAUUAAGUAAACUGGAUAAAAAUGAAGGUGUCGUUCAACUAUACGACAUUCUUCUGAAUUCUCAAAAUUAUGAUGAAUUCAAGGAGAUCUAUUUAGUACAAAAUCUUCUGGAAGAGGAUUUACAGCGUGCAAUGACGAAAAAUAAACCGUUAGACAUCCAACAUAUCAUGUACAAAAUAUUAACAGCAAUUAAACAUUUUCAUUCAGCCAACGGAGACUGGUCUCAUCGGUUAACACAAAAAAUGGACAAUGGAGUUGGUACGUAUAGUUAUUGUGCACCAGAAUUACUAUUAAGUUGUCCAAAUUAUACAAAAUCGGUUGAUAUGUGGUCGACAGGAUGCAUUUUUGGAGAGAUAUUAUUAAGAAAAAAAUUGUUCAGGACUAUUUAUGAUAACGGAAUUUUAGUAUUGAACGACAUUUUACAAUUGACUGGUUUACCUGUGUUAUCUGAUGAUCUUGACUGGUUACCAGAAGAUCGUCGGCAAUUUUUUAUUGAAUAUUUUAAUACACGAUCUCCACAAAUAGCACAGUUUCAAAAUACAUUCCAGACACUAACCGAUCAAAACGCAUUCGAUCUUCUCCAGAAAUUAUUAAUAUUUAAUCCCUAUAAGCGUCUGUCAGCUGAUCAAGCCCUUUCACAUCCCUAUUUUGACAAUUAUAUUGUCGAAACAUCUGAUUUACUAUCGAAUGAUCAAUUGUUGAUGAAUUUAAAUCAUUUGAAUACACAGAACGAUAUUAAACAAUAUUUACUUAAUGAACUACAAGAUACAGCGGCACAAUUAAGAGUUAAACAUAAUAUAACAUGA